UGCAUAAUUUACUAAUGACAUUUCACACAUACUUUAAUAACUCCCUCUCUUUCUUUUUAAAAGUUCCACCUACAUCACGUGUAGUAAAAAAGUUACGGUGGGUGAAUGUGGCGUUUCUGUAACAAACAAGGUAAAUGUACUAGUACGGAGGUAAACACUAGUCAAGGGGCACAACUCCUACCAUCUCUUUUAUUGUCACUUCAUUCAUUUCAGAAUUUGUGCCUAGCGUCACAGUAAACCAAUGGCGAGCACCGUAAAGAAUCCACUACAAGACAAACUGGAAGAGACCAUCCGUCACACUCUGGUGGGCUUGGCUCUGUCCAUGUCCUACGAGCUGGGGAUCUUGGAGGCUCUGGUCAUGUCAGAUACGCCCAUGACAUCACAGGAGAUAGCAGACGCCAAGCAACUGAAAGAGAGAUACGUGCGUGAGCUAUUGAACAGCCUGGUGUGUGCGCAGAUAGUUGACAUCGAAUGCCAUGACAACGGCUACUACUACACCGUUGACAAAGAGUUAAGUCCCAUCCUUCUGGGCCACAGCCUACCAAAUAUGGCCGGCAUAUCGUCUGUUGCUGUGCGGUUCGAGCCUGUUAUGAAAUGUGUGAGGAAAGACGGACCGUACGGAUUUCCCUACACAGGGACAAUAGAAACUGUCACGUGUUUAAACCAGGUCAGCUCCCUCAUGUUCAACACAGAGGUCAACAUUAUCCUAGCCAACACACCUGGGCUGAAGGACAAACUUGAGGCUGGCAUCAACGUGAUCGAGAUAGGUUGUGGGAUGGGGACGUUCAUUUCACGUCUGGCCCAGCGUUUUCCCGCCAGUACAUUUACAGGCUCAGAUUACUCCAAUAUUUGUUUGGAAAAAGGGAGAGAAGCGAUAUCAGCCUUGAACCUACCAAAUUUAUCCAUGAUCCAACUUGAUGUGUUUGAUAUACCAGAAGAGAUGUACGGCAAAUAUGACUUGGUCGUCACCCGCGAGGUCAUCCACUGUCUGCCUGAUCCAACCCUGGGUCUGACCAAUAUCCGGAAACUGCUCCGACCCGGAUGUUAUUACGUCAUGACUGAAAUGGGCCCGGAAGAUGACGUCAUGUUAAACAAAGAUGAGCCUAGAGCAGCAGCCUUGUACUCUGUGAGCGCCUUCCACUGUGUCCCCCAGACCUACCUAGACGACACGUCCACCACCCACGGCAUACUGUGGGGGAAGGAUACAACCAUUCGUUACGCUAAAGAAUCUGGUUUCAGACUUGUUGGUUGCCAUCCUCAUUCUAAAAUAUUUGUGGUUUAUAUUUUGGAAGUUGAUAAUAAUCAAGCUGAUAAUUGAACAAGACGAAUAUAUACAUAUAUAUAUAU